GAUGUGUGAACCGCUGCCUGUUUAUCUACGAGCAGCUUCCUGUCUCUGUAUCUGAUGAAGCAGAAGCAGACACUUUUCUUAGAAGCAGAUACGGGUUACACUGCCAGUGGCAUAACGGGAACCCCUGCACGGGGACACGUGGCGGCCAAGGAUAGCUGUAAGCCAAUACCAUCCUCCUAGGCAAAGCCAGCAGGUGGGCUCAGUAGCAGAGAGAAAACCUGGGAAUGCUUCAGAUCAUGCAUUCAGACAUGAAGAGACCUGUCACAGGAAAAGAGAUGCUAAAGUGAGAUUAGGAGAAGAGCAGAUGGCUGGAGUCUUGUCAAUCAGGUCCUGAAGAACUAACAGAUGACAACCCAUCAGACUACAACAGGGGGUUUUAUUGCACCCAGGCUGGAAUUAUCUCAAGGAUGCUACCGGGGUGGACAAUGAAUAACAACACUGGGUGCCAUGAUGAUCACACCCUGGAUAAGUAUUUGUUUCCAUUUGUGUACAGCGUUGUGAUGAUGAUCAGUAUUCCCAUCAACUGCAUAUCCCUCUAUGCAUCUUGCAUUCAGGUGAGGAAAAAGAAUGAGUUAGCAGUCUACAUCUUUAGCCUAUCCCUGGCUGACCUUUUGUACUCUUCAAUUCUGCCUCUGUGGAUUGAUUAUGCCUGGCAUGGAGAUGACUGGAGGCUCUCUGCCUUGCUUUGUCAGAUUUUUGCCUUCCUUACGUAUAUGAAUUUCUACACCAGCACUGCGUUCCUUGCUUGCAUCUCUCUUGACAGGUACCUGGCGUUAGUUCACCCCUUGAAGCUCCAGUAUUUGCGCACAAGAAGAUUUUCAUUGAUUGUCAGCAUAGUUAUUUGGCUUCUAGAAAGCAUCUUUAAUUCAGUCAUAUUGGUGAAUAAAGAAGUAUUCAAUGAUCCUUGCAAUUUCACUAAUCAUACAUUAUGCUAUGAUAACUACCCCCUGGAAAGGUGGCAGGCCAACAUAAAUUUAUUCCGGAUAUGCUCAGGGUACUUGGUCCCUUUGAUAAUUAUUGUGUUUUGCUACCAUAAAAUCUACCAAGUAGUGAGGUGUAACCAAGCCACAGUAGAUGAAGAAAAGAAAAAAGUGAAGAAACUUAUUGUGAACAUCACAGUUAGUUUCAUUGUUUGCUUCACUCCUUAUCAUGUUGUGCUGCUUAUCCGCAGCAUCAAAGAACCUUCCACCUCUGACCCACAUCUUUUGUUGCUGAUGUAUAAGGUUUACAGAAUCACACAGGCCUUAACAAGUUUGAAUUGCAUUGCGGAUCCCAUUCUGUACUGCUUUGUGAGUGAAACUGCACGGACAGAGAUAGUGAAUUUGCUCAGAUGUUGCUUGUGCCUAGGAAAGCGUGGGGAAGACCAAGUGAAAGGACAUGCUCUGUGCAGUUCUGCUGCAAAAAACACUGCACUGAUCACCUACAGAAGUUCCUGUGAAACCCAGACUGUCAAAAUUUCCUGAAAGAGUACAUGCAAAGGAAAACUGGAUAACCUAAAAGGAAAAGAAAGAAAAAUUGUUUUCCUAGGAACUUGUGUACCUAGGAAAUGCCUCAAAAGUCAGAGAUACCAGUCUAAGCAAAACCAGUAGCUGAAGCCAAUAAGAACUUACUAUAGGGUCAAUGAAAUAAAUGGAGUAUCAACAGAUAUCUUUAAAUCACGUGUGGUGUAUAAAUCAGUGACUACAAUCAAAUGCAGUCCAGAAGGAUGGCUGUGACAUGCUGACAGAAUUACUAGGAUCCCCCACAGAACUGUCUCCUGCGGCAGCUUGCUGGCCAGCUUAUCCCUUAUGAUAAGCUGGAGGAAGGCUGAAGUCCUCUUUGUCCUGAAUAGCAAAGGACCAGACAGAGGGAGUGUGGUAAAUUUCAUGUUGUUAUUUUUUGCUGCUGUGAGGGUUCUUGUGUUUCAUGAAAGACUCCAAUUCUCCUUUAGAAUACCCCUGAGAUCAGAUACUUCUUAAAAUUGUUUACCUCCUGUGUAUGGACACUUACCUGCACUUAAGCUUUUGUUUUUCUUGAAAAAUAUAUGUUCUGAUGUACAGCUGUAUGUCAUGCAGUUUCAUUACAAUACCAGUAUUGGGUUUCAGAUAGUUGAAGAUUCAUUAAUUCAAAUGCCUAUAAAGAAGGGAAUUCUAGCCAUUAGUGUUUUAAUUUGGAUGAAAUAUUUCCUGAUACAUGCAGGGGAGGAAGAGAAGGAUAGAAAGGUGAGGUUUCACAUCUCAGCAAUGUAAAGGGCCAUCCUUCAGAGCUGCUUAUUGUGACUGAAAUCUGGAGUGUGGUUCUGUUUUCAGACUCAAUAGAGUAAGGUUUGCAUCCAUUUACUUAACUGCACAUGGAGGCCUCAGCUAGAGGUUCCAGGGCUCUCAGUCUGGCAGUUUUAAAAAAAUGAAAUGAGCCAGCCAAUACUGGCAAACCAGCAAAGAGCAUGAAUGUACCAACAGUAAAAACGGAAGCAAAAGAACCCACACUUUUAAAAAGUUGGUGUUAGCACAAAUCAGAAGUGCAGCUGUUAAUUCAGGGACCUGUUCAUGUGCAGGCAGAAACAGCUGCCUGGCUUCCUGGUUCCUUGUCCCAUCCAGACACCUGACCCUCUGAAAAAAGUUAAAACAUUACAUUUUUUUCUCUUCUCACAACCUUUUUACUUUUGCUCAAUUCCCAGGAAAAAUAUUUGGUUAUGAUGUUUUUUUUAUUUCAUAGGGAAAGAAUUUUUCUUUUCAUGGAAAAAAAAAGAAUUGCCCUCUAGCAAAUUUGUGUGGUGGAAAGAUUUUGACCAGUAUUUUUUAGCACCCUUUUACGUCUGACAUUAUGUGUGGAAGAUGUGCAUAAAGUGGUCACAAGCAAUAAGAUAUUUAUUAUGAGGGUGUGCAUCUGUGUUUAAAUAAAAAAAUUCUCCAUUGCAAA